AUGCAAGCACUGUGUUUUGGAAGAGCGCCUGUGCCUUCACCUGCGGUUCUGAGGUUCCUGAGAAUCCAAGCCGAAUGCCUGUCAUUUCUCAGCUCGCGUUCACAAAUUCGCCGGAGCCAUUACCAUCUCGCGCCAGUCGCAACUCGAUCACACGUCCUGAUAGAAUCACAACGCAGAGUAUCUCUGACAGAAACGGGACAACGGACAACGGACUUUACGUGUCGUGGAUUCCAAAGCAGCACAACUAGAUCAAGAUGGCAAAGGCCGUGGCAGCAGGCUCGACAAAAGAAGACAGCUCCGCUGCAACCAAACGACCUGCCACCUCUGCCCAGGUUACUUGACGAUGCAGGAGCUGCCAGCCUGGGACGUAUUGUAAAACCGACCAACGAGCUUAGGAUGCGGUGCACUGAGUUUGACGGGGAUGGCAGAGUCACACUGGUCAACGGCGCAUUCAAGAAGAGUGAGCUGAUAGCAAAGUGUGGCCUCCUUCCUCGCGACCUUCGAAAAAUCGAUUCUGCUUCGUUGCCGCACAUCCUCGUUCGCCCUUCUGCCAUCCUAAUCAAGAUCCUGCACAUCAGCUGCCUUAUCAAUCACAAUCGCGUCUUAGUAUUCGACGCCUACGGAACCACGGAUUCCCAUACCCAGUCCAUCUUCAUGUACGACCUGGAAGGCAAAUUACGAGACGGGCGAUCAGCCGGGACUCUGCCCUAUGAGUUCCGCGCCCUUGAAGCUGUUUUGAUCAGUGUGACGUCCGCUCUCGAAGGAGAGUUUGAAGGCGUGCGCGAACCUGUCGUGCAAGUGUUGAGAGAGCUCGAGGAAGAUAUUGACCGCAACAAGCUGCGUCAUCUGCUGAUCUACUCGAAAAAGCUGGGCACAUUUGAGCAGAAAGCACGCCUAGUCCGUGAUGCUAUCGAUGAUCUCCUCGAAGCGGACGACGACUUGUCCGACAUGUACUUGACUGAGCUGGCGAAUGGCGUGACUCGCGAAGAGGAUGACCAUACCGAGGUCGAGAUGUUGCUUGAAUCCUACCACAAGGUGUGCGACGAGAUCGUACAGGCAAGUAGCAAUUUGGUCAGCAACAUUCGUAACACGGAAGAGAUCGUCAAGGCAAUUCUGGACGCCAACCGUAACUCGUUGAUGCUCCUGGAUCUACAGUUCACAAUCCUGGCGCUCGGUAUCGGUGUAGGAACCUUCUUCGCCGGUCUCUACGGCAUGAACUUGAAAAACUUCAUCGAAGAAACGGACUUUGGAUUCCCACUGGUCAGCAUAUCUUGCGGCUUCUUCUGUAUGGUUGCCAUUGUCUGGGGCCUCAGGAAACUGCGAAAGGUACAACGACUCAGUAUGUGGGGCGAGAGCGGUAGUCUUUCACCAGAGAACCCCGGUCGUCGCGGUCGGGGUAGCUGGAGGGAGAUUGAUCCCCAAAGCCAGCUUUCUGGCGAGCACAGAGUGGAUCGUACUGUUCGCUGGAAACAAGACCAGCGGAUGAACAAGCUGCAAGAGGGCUCUACCGAAUCACUGUAG